GUUAGCUGUUCGGGCAUGGCAUUGCGUUCUGAGGCCUUGGCAUUGGGAUUGCCCACGGAUGGUGAGCGAUCAAAAAUAGGCCAUGAAGCGUAAACUGGAUGCGACCAAGUCCGUGAAGCCGACUGUAAGUGAUGCCGGUCCUGCCGCAGCCGCGGCCGAUCCAGCGCCGAUGAGCCGAGCUCAGCGCGCCCUGGUAGAGCGCAACCGGCAGCGGGCGCUGCUGCUGCGCCAGGCGCGGCUGCGCGAGCACCCGUCGCAGGCGGCGCUGGACGGCGGCUGUGCCGGCCGCGUACUGCGUGUACAAGGUGCACGCCUGGUCGACUCCGGCGGCGGCUUCUUCGUGGACGAGGAGGCGGCAGACCCGGCGCCGGCAGCGCCAGCGCCGCUGCGCGAGAUCCCGGCGCCUAUCCAUGUUUCGGAGCGACCGGCGUGUGACGAGUGCGACGCGGCCGUGGCCUCCUCGUUCCUGGUGGACAGCUUCGACUGCGCGGUGUGCGAUGCGUGUCACAAGGAGCACGCGGAGAAAUACGCGCUUGUCACGCGCACCGAGGCCAAAAACGAGUACAUCCUGCGCGACUCGGACCUGGACGAGCGCGAACCGCUGCUGCGCUUCAUCACGCGUCGCAACCCGCACAACCCGCGCUGGGGUCAGAUGAAGUUGUACCUGCGCCUGCAGGUGGAGGAGCGCGCGCUGCUCGUAUGGGGCUCCGAGGAGGAACUGGAGCGGCAGCACGAGCUGCGCGACAAGAAGCGCGAGAAGGUCAAGGUCAACAAGUUCAACCGGCGCGUCAAGGAGCUGCGCAUGGCGGUGCGUAGCAGCGUAUACAAGAAGAAGCUGACCGGCCACGAGCACACUUACGGCGAGGAGGUGUACGAUGAGGAGGCGGACACGUACACGCGCACGUGCACAGAGUGUGACCACUCCCAGACGUAUGAGAAAAUGUGAGGCGACGUGGUAGGCUGUGUGCGGCACCCGUGUUGUGUGUUGUAGUUGGAUGUCGUUUUAAUAUCUGUGUCAGUGAUGGUGCGUUAUGCUUGGUGACCGCUGAUAAAUAAUGAUCUGAUCUGUCAGCGGGUUUGAAAGGUUGCAUAAUGGGGCGCUGUGGUCCAUGAAUUGUGCGUACAAGUCUUGAAUAACCCCUCAUCAUUGUCGUAUCAGUUCAGCUGGUCGCGUCUACGAUUUUAGUUGCAGUUAUUGUUCCAUGUACAUCGCAGAAUUAUUGAACUAUGCGGUAUUGGCUGCUGUUUUAAGCCUCGUGGUGUUUUUAUAGUGCGCAUACAUCGUAGUUGCGGUCCUGUAGUCCCCAUGGCAAUGCACGAAUGCAUGUCGGGGAUGUG